ACUGCGGGAUCAGCUGCUGCCGGACACGUAUCUCGGAGCAGAGGAGAGUAUGGACCUUUUUUGUUUUGCAUCAUAUAAUUGUAAAUGUUACACAGUGUAGCUUUUCUGACUGGGAGCGUUACGCACUAUUGAAAUGAGAGGCUCUGGUCACAGAAGGUGAUCGCUGGUUUUGACUUUUUGGAUGUGUCGCUUGGAUAUGCGCUGCUCCGGUGAGAGAAUCUGAGCGAGGCGCGCGGGGACCGUUGGGCAGGAGCCGGGUCUGGUCUGACAUUUGGCGGACAGAGCCAUGGAGAAGUGCCUCUUGUUUGUGCUGAGUCUCGCCGCGGUGUGCGCGCUGCUGCGGGCGCAGAAUGACACGGAGCCCAUCGUCCUGGAGGGCAAGUGCCUGGUGGUGUGUGACUCCAACCCGGCCGUGGACUGGAAGUCCUCCUCUCCGCUCGGGAUCUCUGUGCGCGCGGCCAACUCCAAAGUGGCGUUCUCCGCGAUCCGGAGCAACAACCACGAGCCCUCUGAGAUGAGCAACAAGACCCGGAUCAUCUACUUCGACCAGAUUCUCGUGAACAUUGGGAACUACUUCACGUUUGAGUCGGUGUUUUUGUCCCCGAGAAAAGGAGUAUACAGUUUUAACUUCCACGUGAUCAAAGUGUACCAGAGCCAGACCAUACAGGUGAACUUGAUGCUGAACGGGAGGCCGGUGAUCUCUGCUUUCGCCGGAGACAAAGACGUGACACGUGAGGCCGCCACAAACGGAGUGCUGCUGUUUCUGGAGAAGGAGGACAAGGUUUACCUCAAACUGGAGAAGGGCAACCUGGUGGGCGGAUGGCAGUACUCCACCUUCUCUGGGUUCAUGGUGUUCCCCUUGUAAAAUAUAUUGGGUUACUGCCUCGGUUUCAGAUGACAUCACAACCUUAUGUAAUCCUGGAGUGUUUCAUCUUUUUUUGAGCUUUCUACCAUGUUAUAACAUUACCUAAUCCAAAACGUGUCUGAAGUAGAUCAAACCGAGCCUGUACAAGACACUGGGGCGACAGUAGCUCAGUUGGUAGUUGGUACAGGUUGAUGGUAAGAUUUCAGUUCCCAAAAAUGAUUAUCCCACCUCGCCCCCAGUGUCUGUGUACAUUUAUGUAUAAAUCUGUGUGUGAAUCUGUGAGUGGUUCCUUGAUGUAAAGCGCUUUGAGUGCGUUGAAUGUGGAAAAGCGCUGCAUUAAAAUUUAUCCAUUUACAAUUUACUCUGCCCACAAGCCUACGUCACCCACGCUCCCACGGCAAUUUCCCAUAAAUAUAUAACAGCAGGAUACAAAACAAUACACUAGAAGUUGCCAAACCAGAUGCGACGUGCAGCAGUUUCAUUAGCUGAAAUCACACUGAUUGUAAUGUGAUCGUGUGAAGUUAGUGACUUAGCACGGAGACAAAAGAGAGGGAGCACUAAAGUGAAACAGAUAAACAUGUGAAUAAGUUGGUGUUGUUUUUUGGCAAAUAUAGCAUUUUCAGAACAAUAAAAGGUAAGAUGGUGAUCUAAAUAUGUUAUGUGUUAAUGUGUUAAUACCCCAUAGAAGUAAAAUACCCCCUCUUUAAGGCGACAUAUAUAAUCAAAUAAAAUCUAAAAUAAAACAAAACAUCCAUAAUAUUAUAAUCACCGAAUAGUACAAUCUACAAAUUUCAGUCUGAUCCGAAGGUUGGCGCUCUCGACAUAAACAUCAUUGGUUGAGCGGUCACA